UUAGUCAAAGACUGUCAAGGCAAAAGAGAGAGGGGAGAGAGACGACCGGGGAGACGAUGAUAAAUUCGUACUGGAAAGUGCUAUCUCGAGUCCAGCUUAUAGUUACACUUGUGUCAUAUUUCUUACUGCCACACCCAAGGCUUUUCAUUCAUAGAAAUACACCUUCUUGUCAAAUUCCGGAGCUCCUUUGCUAGCGAUUCAUUCCAGAAUGACAGCAUCUACAGACAUGGCCAAUGUCUCCCUGCCUACUUUCACUCCAAGCAUUGCACAAGAUCACAGUGGGGUUGCGUGUGAAAACUGGAAAGAAGUCCACCAUUUGGUCUUUCAUCUUGCCAAUGUGUGCUUUGCUGUUGGCCUCGUAAUCCCUACAACAUUAAAUUUUCAUAUGAUCUUUCUACGUACUUUGCUGAUGAUUGGGUGUGCCCUCUUUGUUGCCUGGGCUACUCUCUAUCGAUGUGCCUUAGAUAUCGUCAUUUGGAACUCUGUCUUUCUUCUUGUCAACUUCUUGCACUUUUUAUACCUUGUGUACAAGAGGAGGCCAAUCAAAAUUGACCGGGAGUUAAAAACAGUCUACAAAAGAUUGUUUGAACCUCUUCAUGUGCCUGCUGACUUGUUCCAAAGACUCACAGGGCAGUUCUGUGCCAUCCAAACACUUAAAAAAGGCCAAGCGUAUGCUGCAGAGGACAAAACUUCAGUUGAUGAUCGGCUGAGUGUCUUGCUGAAGGGGAAAAUGAAGGUAUCAUAUCGAGGACAUUUUCUGCAUAAUAUUUACUCGAAUGCCUUCAUUGACUCCCCUGAAUUUAGAUCCAGUCAGAUGAACCGUGGGGAAAAAUUCCAGGUCACCAUUGUAGCAGAAGAAAACUGCAAAUUCAUAUGCUGGUCCCGUGAAAGACUAACAUAUUUCUUGGAAUCGGAGCCCUUUUUAAAUGAAGUGUUUCGAUAUCUUAUAGGAAAAGACAUCACAAAUAAGCUGUACUCCUUAAAUGACCCAACAUUGAAUGAUAAGACAGCCAAAAAAAUAGACCGACAGCCAAGUCUUUGUUCCCAGCUGUCAAUGAUGCAGAUGAGAAACAGCCUGGCUAGUACAGGUGACACUGAUGAUGUCCUAAAAGACUUUCUUCGUGGUGGCUCCACAGCAUCCUCUAUUCACAAAUCUCCUCACACAAGGCCUUCUAGCAAAAUGAAGCCCAUUGAGGAAGGUAUAGAGGAUGACGUUUUUGAAUCUGAUGCACCAAAUCAGCUUUCACCGUCAAGAUUAGAAGCAGGUGAGAGGACCUCUAGUGGUGAAGAUGCAUAACCAAACAGAAACUGGUAUAUUCACCUUCAAGGAAACUUCCAGAAGCAGAGAAUCUUCAAAUGCAUAAUUCUGAGGACUCGAGGAAAUGUCAGCUGUCAAAAGUGUCUAUGGUUUUUGUAAGACUACACAUGGAAAUGUGGUGAAAGGCAACUUGCUAUCGGCAUUAAUUGGAUGUGUGCACCAGUUUAUUAUAAGAUUUGUCGUGUUGUUACACUCACAUUUAGUUAAAUUAAUGAUUUUCUGUA